AUGAUCAAGGCCAUCUUUUACAGCAAAUUUGACACCCAGGAAGGUCCGAAAGUCGUCCACCAAGUCCCCGAUGGCGCGAUUGUCCCCUCCGCAACGGCUCCUCCGGGCCAGGAGCCCUUCUUCACCUUCUCCGAUAUAUCCUUCUUCGUGAUCCCCCGGCAAGAGCUCUGCGGUAAUCUCCUGCAGGUGUGCACGAACGGGUACCGCAUCCUGGGCUAUCCCAUCUGCAUGAAGUCGCCGCGUUAUGACCGAAACGAGUUCAUCUUCAACUUCUGCCUCGUCCUGGCCGAGGAUGAGGACUUCACCAUGUACAAGAGCGUUGUCCAGAAGCUGGCAGAUCUCAUGCAUGGGCUGGAGGAGCAGAACGGAUUUCUGACUCGAGACCUCUCGAAAAGCGGUGAGGGGAAGAUAUACAGCCUGUGCGAGACGCUGAUGGAGGACCUGAACAAUUACAGCGAAUGCAUGAUCCCAAUCGAUGAAUUAAACACCUUGAAUAUCAAGCUCUUCCCUAUCUACCCGGCACCCCCAUCCGUCAAAGCCUGGCAUGUGCCGCUCUUCACCGUUCGCUAUGAGACCUUCAUUGAUGAGAAUUGGGACCUUACCAUGCAGAAAAUCGUCCCAUAUAUCAAUGGUGUGAACAGUGUCCGCAUCAUCUCGAUCCUCGCCGACGUUGAGCUCUCUCUCACAUACCGUGCGAUCAAGCAUCUCCUGUAUUACGGAUGCAUCUUCCUCCUGGACAUCUUCUCCUUCUCCGCCAUCUACGCCCCCACCGCGCAGUUCAGCUCAACGAUUGCAUGCGAUGAAGGCAUGCAGCGGGAAUGCGCCCGUUACGUUAACAUGCGCUUUGCUCCUGGCCCAAUCACCAUGGCCCCAUCCAGUGCCGGAGCCCCGGGCACCUCCAGCUCUCGCAGUGACAUGACCGGCAAUCCUCCCGGAGGCCAUCGAUACGACGGCGACGACAUCUGGCCGCUUGUCGGGAACGGCGCCAGCGAGCCGGGCGGCAAGCGAAAGGUCGUGGACGGGGUCGGCAUUGUUGAGCUCUAUGCGAGUUUGCGACAAGGCCAAAGUGUCAAGCAGUGGUAUGCGCAACACAGCCAGGAGCUCGCCAACAUCGACGUCCGCCGCUUCAUCACGUUUGGCAUCAUCAAGGGCUUCCUGUACCGGGUGCACAAGUACGCCUAUGCUACGGGAUUGCCCGCUCCGUCUUCUGCGGGCCCAAACACAGCCCCUACUUCCACUGCAGCAUCUUCCGUCAAAGGCGGUGAACCCUCCUCAAUUGUCUCUGGGCAAGAUACAGCCACAAGCAGGCCUAAUUCCGGCCAUCUCGGCGGUAGCGGCGGCGAUGACCACCACCCCGAAGACCAAGGCGCAACCGCAACAUCCUUCCACAGCAGCACAGCCCGAUCCGGCGACAACGACGAGGAAGAGGAGGAAGAAGACGACGACGACGGAUACGGCAUCAGCAACGCGACACUGGCCAAAUAUCUCGACGGGACGCACUGCUUCGAUCAGAUCUGCACCGAGCUGGAGAUCAGUGAACGCGAGUUGAUGGCCCGGCUGAAGAAAUAUCCUUACGAGGUGCAAAUUAUUCAUCGAUGA